GUUUUUUUUUGGCCCACAGGUUGUGUGGUCAGAAAGAGAUGGGACCCAAAGAAUGGCUUAAAUACCUGUUAUUUCACAUCCUGUUCUUCAAAGUGUUAAAUGUUCACACCACCUCCACCUGGACAGCAGAAGUGCCGCAGACAAUAUCAGCACUGCAGGGAUCUUGUGUCGUGGUUCCCUGCAAGUUCAAUUACCCAGACCGUGAAAUAAAGCCUACAGACCUGACAGGAAUAUGGCACACGACAAAUCAAGACAUAUACAUUUAUCACCCGGACUCCUCCAAAGUGUUGGAAGAAUUCAGGGGCCGGACAAAUCUGAUUGGGGAUCUUGCAAGAAAAGACUGUUCACUGAGAAUUAAUCACCUGAAAAAAAAGGACAAUGGCCCAUUUAUUUUUAGGAUAGAGAUUCGUGACUUUAAUAAGUACUCUUACAAAGAUAAAUUGGUCUCCAUUGAUGUCCAAGACUCUCCAGCCUCCCCAUUGCUGACCGUGAGCGGGGAGGUCAAAGCAGGUGACGCUGUGACUGCUUCCUGCUCUGUGACUCACUCCUGUCCCACGGAGCUGCCUCACCUGAUCUGGAGCCGCAGUGGAACAACCACCAACCAAUCAGAGGAGCUGCCCAACGGCCAAUGGAGAGUGACUUCAAGCCUGACUUUCACUGCCACAAACUCUGACCACAACCAGCACCUGACUUGCACAGCAAAGUAUCAGCAGGUCACAUCUGUGCAAUCUUCUAAAAUUUUGAAUGUGGCAUAUGCCCCAGUCCGUGUGGAGGUCAAGCCUGAGUCCACAGUGGUGAAGGAGGGAGAUGCUGUGGAGGUGCAGUGCUCCAGUGACAGUAACCCUCCUGCACACGGCUACCAGUGGUACAACAUCACUGGCACUCUGCUGUCAGAGGAACGAAUCUACAAACUGCACAACGUGUCCAGACACACUAAAGCUCUCUACUGUGCAGCCAUCAACACAGAGGGGCACAAGAACUCCACUCCGGCCAAGAUCAGUGUGGAGUAUGCCCCAGAAAUAAAAGAGGGACCGGCCUGUAGCGUGAGGGCCACGGGGGUGGCCUGCUUGUGCGUAGUGGACUCAGAACCUCCCCCUGAGAUUACCUGGCUGCUCCAGAGAGGGAGCGAUGCCAGCGCCGGCACUGAGAGACACGGCUCCAUCACGCUGGGCACGCUGCGGAGUACCCAGAGGCUCACAGAGCUCACCUGCCAGGCCAGCAACUCACGAGGAAACACGUCCGCAGUCUUCACACCACCCCAGAGCGGUGAACUCCAGUACAUUUCACUCAUAGUUGCUGCUGUGCUGCUGGUGGCAGGCAUGGCCGUUGUAGUGUGGCUAGCAAGAACAACGAGACACAAUCGUGAGCAACCUGUAACUGGUAUGGACGACGCAGCCACAACCAUGACAGGGACCUCCUACGCUAUGGCAGCAAGAAAGGAGGAAAAAAGCAUCAACAGUGGAUUUUAUGUAAACGAUGAACAGAUGUAUGGUAAUAUUGGGCAGGUUGGAGAGGAAGAUGAUGUGUAUACAUGUGUGGAAGAUGCCUCUGAUUAGAAUGAAACAGGUACGCAGGUACCCUAGAUGCCACUCCCCCAGUGUUGAAUGCAGUAACUCAGGAGCUGUCGAGCCAUACCUGUAACCAUACUAUAACCAAAAACAUGUGAAUAUGGCCACUGUCCAUUUCCAACAGACACCUAUAUUUACGUUAUUUUAUUUUAUUUUUUUACAAGAGCACUGCAGCUGGAUAUUCAAUAGGAAGCCAAUCCUUUUCUUAUACAUGGACAUACAAAUCUUGUACACGGAGAAGUGUUACAAUGUCAUUGUUCAUGUUGAUCUGAAUAAGAAACAUCGUCCAAAGAUUUCAUUUUUACAUUAUUUCAGAUGAUUUAGCUUUUACCUGUCAUGCACAAACCUAUGUACUUGUACUUUUAAUCAAUAAAAAUGACAAAAAUAA